UUUUAGCCGCGGGCCUGGCGUGCUCAACGGGCGCAGUGUUGUGUGCUCCGUGCCGCAGGCAGGCAGCCGAGGGUCUUAACGUCUCGCCCCGUGUUGUGUCGUGUGUGGAAGCGCGUCCGAAUCGCGAUGGCUGCGACCAGGGUCGUGGGCUCUAUGGCGGGGUUCGCGGGCAGCGCCGCGGCCAACGGCUUCACGCCCGAAAAGCGACAGCAACCGCAGCAGCAGGAGGAAGAAGACGGCACGAGGUACCCUGAUGGAUCGGUCCGCCUCAGAAACCCACACAUUGAACUUAUGGACCAGGACAUUCUGUACCAUAUUGCUCUUGGUAGCGAAUCGCAUGACCUGGUCUCGAUGUUUGGGGACGUGAAGUUUGUGUGUAUGGGAGGAACGCCAAAGCGCAUGGAGCAGUUUGCGUUCUACAUCAUGAACGAGAUCGGGCACAAGCUGCCGACGGGCACGACCCUGCAGGACAUCAGCCAGUAUUCGUACCGGUACUCCAUGUACAAAGUGGGGCCCGUGCUUGCUGUCAGUCACGGCAUGGGCAUCCCUUCAGUCGGAAUCCUGUUGCACGAGAUGAUCAAGCUGAUGUACCACGCUAAAGUGCGAGACCCAGUAUUUUUCCGCAUUGGCACCUGUGGUGGCAUCGGUGUCGAAGGUGGCACGGUCAUCAUAUCGGAAGAUGCAGUCGAUGGUAUGCUCAGACCUGUUUUGGAACUGCCUGUUCUAGGGAAAAUGAUACAGCGACCAGCAAGACUGGACAAGAAACUGGUGUCCCACCUCAAGAGCAUGGCUGACCCCGAUGACCCGUAUGACACAAUCACAGGCAGAACAAUGUGCACUUACGACUUCUAUGAAGGUCAAGGCAGACUGGACGGUGCCUUCUGUGACUUCACAGAAAAGGACAAGAUGGACUUCUUGAGUCGAAUCCAUAAGGCAGGAGUUGUUAACAUUGAGAUGGAAUCUCUCUCCUUCGCUGCCCUCACUCACCACGCCGGGAUCAAGGCGGCGGUCAUAUGUGUCGCCCUCAUGGACAGAUUCAAGGGCGAUCAGGUGCUGGCUCCAAAGGAAGUUCUCGACGAAUGGCAGUUGCGACCACAGAAGCUGGUGACCCGCUUCAUCAAGAAAUACCUGACAAUGAAGGGUCGGCUGUCACUUGAGGGGUUUGGAGGGUCCAUAUGUGUGAAGAGCCCCCGCCGCUUCAAGCUGGUGCAGCAGGAGUCCGAGAAUUACGACUAGUUGCGGUCAGUCGAUCAGAGUCCCGUCUGUGGCUGCAGCACAAAACACGUGGCGCAGGAAUCUUCCUCCGCUUCUGGAAUGACUCGACGGGGUGACAUUCUGGAUCGGAGGGGAUAACAUUCUGGCUGCAGCUGAAUUCUUGCAGGACUGACAUCAGAGAAAAAAAUAAAAGCAAAAAUAAAAAUGCAGCAUCCUUUUUGUGGAUGUUUUGCUUUUUAAUUCCAAAGAUUUAUGUUCAUUCGAUAGUGGCGUAUUUUAUUUUCUUGAAACUGGACAGAGACCAGUAAGUGAAGUGUGGGCCUGAAUCUUGUGGUCACAUGUGCUGUUAGGCUUAGGGAAAAAUGUUUGUGUUUCUGUGUAGCGGUCAUCUGACUUAUUUAUAUGCCAUUGUUUAAUGUAUAGUGUAGACUGUAGGAUAACUAUAUACAAAAUAUGAGACAAGUAAAAUGUUAAUGCUUUCCUUUAAAAGGCUGUGUUUCAAAACUGGGUGAUUGUUUUAGACUAGUGCAUAAUUUCACUUUUUAUACUGUUAUCUGCACGGUGUACAGUAGUUCGUAUAUUACUGUUCACCGUGUGUUCAGUGCGAGAUGAGCUACAGCAUUCCCACUCAUUUAUAUGAGGAGUUUCAUAAGUUGGUGUUAAAUAAAGUUGUUUGUUGUUUGUCAUGUGUUGUUGUAAAGUAGUUUUUGCAAGCUAGAUGCUUAUAGGAUUUACACUUCUUGUUAAAAUUGGAGAGUAUUAAUGUUACAAUAGGUAACAAAAAAACUGUGGCUCAUGAGAUGUAUGAGUUUGCUCUGGUGUAUGCAAUUUCUCUGGAUGACAUUAUAUAAAACUGCCAUAUACAUGCAGAGAUGUACUAAAUGCCUUAAAUCUGCUCACUGGUGCACAAUAAGCCCAGGGUCGAUUGCCAGAGUGAUCAAAAAAUAAAUCUUUCGUUUUUAUCAACCCCAGUUGUUCUAAUGGUUUCUAAUUGUACAGCAUUUUUAUAUGUGCAAGUGCAUUAUUUAGAGACUGAAAAAAUGUAUUUAUUAGAUUUGUUCGAAAUGUGUAAAUUUUGUGUCAUGAAGGAUGUAAAUAGACAGUUUCAGUAUUUAAACCUGUGAAGAAAUAGAAAGAAAGAAAUUAGUUAUUUGUACUUAGUGACACAAAUAUGCUGCUUGAUUGAUAGUCCACUUGUGUCUUGAAUUAAUGAGCUCCUUUUUGUAAAUGGCAAUUACCAGAAUAUAUGGGAAAAAAACAAA